UUAUUUUCUUCUCUCCUUCUGCUGCCACUGCUGGGAUUAUAAACCAUCGAGUGUCGCCACCGUGAACCGAGUAGUAGUGAGUCCGUACUCGUAGCAUCAUGACACAAGGCGCCAGCGGACGACGCUCUAGUACCUUCCAGCGCUUCACCGAUUGGCCGCUGAUCGGUGUUUGGUGCGUUGUGCUGUACGCACUGUGUGCCGGAGGUCAGAGAGCACCGCCAAGACGGGAUGACGUCUAUCCACCACCGGACACGCUGGCCUUCUACAAACCGUACGCGGAGCAGUGCGUCGCGGAGACCGGUGUCAGUGUGGCGGCCAUCAAGCGGUUCGGCGACGAGGACAUAUUUGAGGAUGACCCGAAGCUGAAGUGCUACAUGGAGUGCAUGUUCCGGGUCAGCAAUCUGACCGACGCCAAGGGGGAGGUGCAUCUGGGCAAGAUGCUCGAAACUAUCAAGCCGGAGUUUGAGGAUCUAGCCCUUCGGAUGGGCGCCAAGUGUACGAAAGCGAAGGGCAAGGACCUGUGCGAGCGUGCCUUCUGGUAUCACAAAUGCUGGAAAACGUCCGAUCCGGUGCACUACUAUCUGAUCGGACCGUGAGCUAAGCUAAGGUGUUGAGAUGAUCGUUGCUGCUGCUGCUGCUGCCUGAAGUCGUUGUUUCUGCUGACGGUUUCGUAACUUUUAGACCAUUAGCCAAGACACCGAAGACGAAUCGUGAUCAUAAUUAAGGGCCCAUUUUGAAAAUAAACAUAUCCCCCACCGCUUUUCAGUGAAGGUAAUCG